GCCCGCAGCUUUCUGGGACUUGUAGUUGGGCGCCCUUAGGCGCGGGCGCGGGUCAGUGUCGGGAAUACUGCGCUUGCAGGUGUAGGAUUCCACGUGGGAGGACGGUGACCUUCCAGAGAGGAGGAAAUGACCUAGUGCCAGGAGAUUUGAAUGAAAAUUCUCUGGAGAAUCUUCAAGAAAAAAGACUUAGGGAUCUAUUACGUAGGGGCUUUUCUGCUGGCUAAUUUUAGAAGAUAUGGCCAGCACAAUAACAGAGUCAGGAUUGUAUUGUGAAUCUUCCAGGAGAAGGGUACAGGAAUCCUGAACUAGAUUGUUCCCUUUGUCAGAAGUAGGGAGAAGCAUCUUCUGUAUUUCCAGAAACAAGAGCAGUAUGGUGACUCUUCAAAGUGAUGAUUAUAAAAACAUGGCAAGUGAAGAAUAUUUGUCUUUGAAAGUCCCAAGCCAAGUGGCCCCAAAGGGCUCCUCAGUGACUUUCUGCAAAAAUGAGCCCCAGGAUCCUCAGAAAAGUAAAAGUCUGUUUAUAACUGAAGAAGGCACUGAGAGAAAAGUCUUGGGAGGAGAAAGUCCUCCCACGGACCAUUGUUCAGAGAACCUUCAAAUUAAACUUUUGUCUGAUGUAACAGAACUGGUCUCGCCAUUGGUCAGUGGCGAGGCGACUUGCCAGAAUGGCCAGUUGAGAGAAUCUUUGGAUCACUUUGACUGUAACUGCGAAGACAUUUGUGGUUGGAAAUCACAAGUGGUCGGUUGUAGUCAUCAGAGAGCUCAUACAGAGGAGAAAGCCCGCAGCCAUUACCACUGCAGGAAAAGACAUAACAACAGCUCAGGCAGUAAUCCGUGUGAGAAAAUCCACACUGCAGAGAAGCUACACAGACGUAGUCAGUGUGGUAAGGACUUCAGCGAGCGCUCAGAACUACUACUUCAUCAAAGACGCCACGCAGAAGAAAAGCCCUACAAAUGUGAGCAGUGUGGGAAGGGCUUCACGAGGAGCUCCAGUCUCCUCAUCCAUCGAGCAGUCCACACGGAUGAGAAACCCUAUAAGUGUGACAAGUGCGGAAAAGGCUUCACAAGGAGUUCAAGUCUGCUCAUUCAUCACGCAGUCCAUACAGGCGAGAAGCCUUAUAAAUGUGACAGGUGCGGGAAGGGCUUUAGUCAGAGCUCCAAACUGCACAUUCAUCAACGGGUGCACACUGGCGAGAAGCCCUAUGAGUGUGGGGAGUGUGGUAUGAGCUUCAGUCAGCGCUCCAACCUGCACAUCCACCAGCGAGUCCACACUGGGGAGAGGCCCUACAAAUGUGGGGAAUGUGGGAAGGGCUUCAGUCAGAGUUCGAACCUUCACAUUCACCGGUGCAUACACACAGGUGAGAAGCCCUUCCAGUGCUACGAAUGUGGGAAGGGCUUUAGCCAGAGCUCUGAUCUCCGCAUCCAUCUCAGAGUCCACACUGGAGAGAAGCCCUAUCACUGUGGCAAGUGUGGGAAGGGAUUUAGCCAGAGCUCAAAACUCCUCAUCCACCAGAGAGUGCAUACUGGAGAGAAGCCCUAUGAGUGCAGCAAGUGUGGGAAGGGCUUCAGCCAGAGCUCCAACCUGCACAUCCACCAGCGGGUUCAUAGGAAAGAUCCUAUUAAAUAAGGUCUACUGGAAAGACUUAAACAUUUUUAAUAUCACUCUUCCCUUUAUAUUCUCAGGAGAGAGAUCAUAGGUUAUUCAGAUAUGUUCCCUCACUGAAAUUUAUUCAUUCAUUUAAAGUAUUUAAGUACCAAGCACUUUGUCAUGCUAUUCAGAGAACCGAUUGUUCUGGUUCCUCAGAUGGGUAGAGUGAAAUAUCUGUACUUUGCAGUUCAGCCAGUGUUAUUAGAACUGUAUAUCCUACCCCACAUUUUUAAGUGCAAAAAACUUUAUAUUUGUGCAAGCAGAACAUGUUUCCCUUUGUUCACAUUCUGAGAAAUUGAAACUCUGGUUUCUCUUCAAA